AUGGCGGGUCCCGAGCAGUCCCAACAGCAGCAGCAGGUAGAGGAGAAGGCAGAGCACAUAGAUGAUGCUGAGAUGGCUUUGCAAGGGAUCAACAUGCUGCUCAACAACGGAUUCAAAGAAAGUGACGAGCUUUUCAGGAGAUACAGGACCCAGAGCCCAUUGAUGAGCUUCGGGGCAAGUUUCGUCAGCUUUCUGAACGCCAUGAUGACAUUUGAGGAGGAGAAGAUGCAGACGGCCUGUGAUGACCUGAGGACGACUGAGAAACUGUGUGAGAGUGACAGCGCCGGAGUCAUAGAGACAAUCAGAAACAAAAUUAAGAAGAGCAUGGACUCCCAGAGGUCCGGCGUUGUUGUCGUGGACCGCCUGCAGAGACAGAUUAUUGUUGCUGACUGUCAAGUAUACCUUGCUGUACUCUCUUUCGUUAAGCAGGAACUUUCAGCUUACAUUAAAGGAGGCUGGAUUCUUCGUAAGGCGUGGAAAAUGUACAACAAGUGCCACAGUGAUAUCAGCCAGCUGCAGGAGGCCUGUCAGCGGAGGUCCUCCCUCCACCAGGAGUCCCUGUCCGCAGACAACGCCAACCACAAUGCACCGCCGGUGGAGAACGGCGUGACGGCCGAGGCCCUCGACCGGCUCAAGGGCUCCGUCAGCUUCGGCUACGGCCUCUUCCACCUGUGCAUCUCCAUGGUGCCCCCACACCUGCUAAAGAUUAUCAACCUGCUGGGUUUCCCUGGUGACCGUCUCCAGGGAUUGUCCUCCCUUAUGUAUGCGAGUGAGAGCAAAGACAUGAAGGCGCCAUUAGCAACGCUGGCCCUCUUGUGGUAUCACACAGUGGUGCUGCCUUUCUUCGCUCUGGAUGGUUCUGACACUCAUGCGGGGCUCCUGGAAGCCAAAGCGAUUCUCCAGAGAAAGUCAGUAGUUUACCCGAACUCGUCCCUCUUCAUGUUCUUUAAAGGACGAGUUCAGAGGCUGGAGUGCCAUAUCAACAGUGCUUUGGCCUGUUUCCAUGAUGCAUUAGAGCUUGCAUCAGACCAAAGAGAGAUCCAGCAUGUGUGUCUAUAUGAGAUUGGUUGGUGUAGCAUGAUAGAGAUGAAUUUUGACGAUGCAUACAGAGCGUUUGAAAGGCUAAAGAAUGAGUCUCGUUGGUCGCAGUGCUACUACGCCUACUUAACAGGAGUGUGUCAGGGUGCUUCAGGUGAUCUAGACGGAGCGAGUGGGGUUUUCAAAGAUGUGCAGAAGCUGUUCAAGAGAAAAAACAACCAGAUCGAGCAGUUUGCUGUUAAAAGGGCUGAAAGAUUGAGAAAGAUCUCACCCACCAGAGAGCUAUGCAUCCUCGGUGUGAUUGAAGUCCUGUACCUGUGGAAAGCACUUCCCAACUGCUCCUCGUCUAAACUGCAGAUAAUGAAUCAGGUGUUACAGAGUUUAGAUGACGCUUCCUGCAGAGGCCUGAAACACCUCCUCCUUGGUUCCAUUCACAAAUGUCAUGGAAAUAUGAGAGACGCUCUUCAGUCAUUUCAGCUGGCUGCUAGAGACGAAUACGGGCGUCAGAUCAACUCAUAUGUUCAGCCUUACUCCGUCUAUGAGCUGGGAUGUAUACUCCUCGCAAAACCAGAGACAGUGGGAAAGGGGAGAUCACUGCUUCUUCAAGCCAAGGAGGAUUUUACCGGCUACGACUUUGAGAACAGGCUUCACGUGCGCAUCCACUCAGCCCUGGCCUCUUUGAAGGAAGUAGUGCCUCAGUGACUCCGGGACGAGAAGCUACGACGGCUCAUGUUACACUCAUGGCGUUUUACACCAAGUUGUAAGCCUUUCGGAAUAACCCUCUGACAUCCUAAUGCAGACACUUCUAUGUUUUUCAUUCAUUAAUGGUUUGGGGAACACCUCUUUGUCAUCUUACCCAUAGUCAGGGUGAUCUGUGCACACAGUACACAGAUAGGUCCAGUGUUUAUAGUAGAGAAAAGACUGGCAGCAGCAGCAACAAAUGGCUGUAAAAUAUGCCAAAGCUAUUUGUACUUACAGACUUUUCUUGUUAGCCAGCAAGCUAGUCAUUAAGACAUCUGUUUCCCUCUACUUCCAGUCUUUCCAGUUCAGCCUAAACACAAUCUGAGUGUAUUUCUGGUUGCACAGAUUUGAAAAAAAAAAAAAGUGUUUUAAUCCUCUGAUUUAACCCUGCAUGGUUAUGACAACAAAUGAGUGUAUUUCCCCAAAUGUUUAAGUGUUCCUUUAAGUGUUUUUCCACAUUCAGAUCUAUUAGCCUGGAACAGCUUCCUUUAUUUAUCUGUAUAUUUGAAGAAUUCAUCGAAUCCCUUACUUCUCAUUCCUUCAGUGAGUAAUUCAGCACAUAUAAACAUUUUAAUAAACGCUACUGCCCUUAAUAGUAACUUUAUAAUUACAACGGACAUAAAGGCAACAGUGUUUUUCAGUCUCUUGAAACGUUCAGAUGACUUUUGAGCAUCUUAAAAUAUUGAAAUAGAAUGAAUUUAUUAAUGCCAAUUCAUUUCCUUAUCACAUAAGAUACAUAUCUCAACAUACCAGAAAUAUUAGUCCAUUUUAGUAUUUGAUUUUUGCUAGAAAUAUAUUCUUCCACAGGUUGAUACUCCAAAUGUGGUUCUUCUCUUUUUUACAAAUCUGCUAGUCUAAUUGCCAAUAGGUAUAUCACACAAGCGCCGUGUAUUCGAUAUUGAACUGACAGAAAAUCCAGUAUGUUACCCCUGGAUGAGCUCAUUUAGAGACAUCACUAGAAUAAUAAAUGAGUCUCUCAGAAAAACAACAAGGCUGCUAAGUAGUUGAACACGUUCCACUUCUAGUUCUUUCACUUCACAAUGUCCUGAUGAUGUUUUUUAUGGAACACACAGGAGCAUUGAUCUGUGCACUAUGCAUGGUAUGGCAGGGUAACAGCGGCUUUAAGACUGUACUGAAGACCUAUGUACCUGUACAUCCAUCCCUGCAAAUACUUUAGGGUAUUACUCUACAGUGCCUCCAGUACUGUAAUGUUUCCACUUAAAGGUGCUGCUAAAUGUCAGCCUAAUCAUCAGUUAAUGGUUGCUAAUUUUAAUAAUUUAUAGUAGUGUUUUAGUGAUAAAAGCUUUUCAAUUACUCCAUACUAGUUUGUUUAUCACAUAUCAGCUAUAAAUCAAAAGUGUGAUAUAAAAUUGGAUAAAAAAAAAAAAAACAUUUGUGUGACAAGAGUAUAAUUAUUAACCUUUUUCAACACAUUUUCACAGUGUACAUAUGAAAUAUUCUGUGCAGGGUAUUGGCUUUUUCCAUUGAGCUCUCUGAGUUCUGGUAACCUGAGCAAUAUAAGCAAAAGGAAGGUAUCUUCAUUUAUAAAACCUUUCAACUUUGGUGAUUUGUGUUCUCCUCCCAUAUCUAAGACUGAAGAUUUGUUCUGCUCAUGCAGCUAUAAGUUGGUAAGACGACGCCGGUCAUCCCCUGUGGCUGUGAUGGUUGUAAAUUGUAGUAAAUGUUAUGAUGACCACUGUGUGCAGGGGUCGGUGUGGUGCGAGUCAUGUGAUGGUGAAAUGUCAGUAAGAUGUCACCUACCUGCUGUACCAAGUACUUCUGUCACCAAAAUACAUUUUCCUUUUGUCAUGAGGCUCUAAACCCGUGUUCAAAUGGAGGAUACAUGUCAGGCUGAUGGUGUCUCAAUGUGUCACUGAACUCUACAAUAAACUGCUCUCCAUUGA